UUCUCUUUAAUGAUGUUUGCAGAUUUCUUCUAUAGCAAGUCUGUCAAACUUGCAAAAAAUAUAAAAGUUCCAUUGGUUUCUUAUGGAUGCAAUUGUAGAGGAGAAUGCGUUGAUCCAAGAAGUUGUUCUUGUGCAAGACUUAACGGCAAUGACAUUCCAUAUGUUCAUAAGGAUGGGGGCCGAUUGGUUGAAGCAAAAGCUGUAGUCUUUGAAUGUGGUCCUCAUUGUCAAUGCUCCUCUACUUGUGUCAAUAGGACCUCUCAACAUGGACUCAGAUAUCGGCUCGAGGUUUAUCGUACCUCAAAGAAGGGUUGGGCUGUCAGAUCCUGGGAUACAAUUCCUUCUGGUGCUCCUGUGUGUGAAUAUACAGGAAUUUUGACAAGAAGUGAGGAUAUUGAUUCAGUUGCAGAGAAUAACUACAUCUUUGAUAUUGAUUGUUUGCAAACAAUUAAAGGCCUUGAUGGAAGAGAGAGGCGUCCUGGUGAUUUAUCUUCUCUCAUUGAUUUGGAUGAGAGGAAAUCUGAAGUACCCGAGUAUUGUAUUGACGCAGGCUCCCUUGGCGGUGUUGCACGAUUUAUUAAUCAUAGUUGUACUCCAAACCUUUUUGUUCAAUGUGUGUUGAGCCAACAUCAGGAUAUCAAAAUGGCAAAAAUAAUGUUGUUUGCUGCUGAUAAUAUUCCUCCACUACAGGAACUAACGUACGACUAUGGCUACGUGCUUGAUAGCGUAGUUGGAGUUGAUGGUGGUUGUAAUUUUGUCGCAGGUGAUUUUUUCGCCAAGCGUAAUAUAGAAGUGCAAGUUUGCCAUGAAAGGAUGCUAAUAUAG